UGGACAAAAUCUGCUUCGUUGAAGGUCAUGGCAAAAUCCGGAGGAAAAGGAGUGAAUCUGAAGGACAAACUGGAAGGCAAUGAGUUGGACUUAAGCUUGUGUGACUUGAAUGAGGUGCCAGUUAAAGAGCUGGCAGGGCUUCCAAAGGCUACUGUUUUGGACCUGUCCUGUAACAACCUCACCUCUUUACCAUCAGACUUCUGCAGUUUAACCCACUUGGUGAAAUUGGACCUGAGUAAAAAUCAACUUCAGCAGCUGCCCACGGACUUUGGUCGUUUGGUUAACUUGCAACACCUAGACCUUCUGAACAAUCGAUUAGUUAUCUUGCCAGUUAGUUUUGCACAACUCAAGAACCUGAAGUGGCUGGAUCUGAAAGACAACCCACUGGAUCCCACACUGGCUAAGGUAGCUGGGGAUUGCUUGGAUGAAAAGCAGUGUAAACAGGCUGCUAUUAGGGUUCUGCAGUAUGUGAAAUCUAUCCAAUCUGAGCUGGAUCGUGAGAGGCAGCGAAAGCUACAAGCAGAGCGAGAACUAGAGAAGAGACGUGAAGCAGAGCAACGAGCAAGGGAGGCCCAAGAGCGGGAACUGAGGAAGAGGGAAAAGGCAGAGGAGAAGGAACGCAGGAGAAGGGAAUAUGAUGCUCUGAAAGCUGCAAAGCAGGAAAUAGAUAAACAUAGAAAGAAAGAAAAUGGUGAGAAUCCAAAACUCUCAGUUUCCCAUUCAUCAAAGCAACAUCAACACAAACGUUCUUGGUAUGGGAUCCUGCUGAAGAUGCUGCUGUUCCUGCUGCUAAGCGCCCUCAGUACUUUGGCCAUUUGCAACUUCACAGAUCUGCAGCACAAGUCUGUGUGCCUCAGCGUCAACAUGCUCUACGAAGACGCACUUGCCACUGUGCAGAGUCACAGAAUCCUGCGGAACGUCCUGCAGCCAAACUCACAGCAGUGAUGCUGGCUCAGCC